AUGGCCUCCUUACCUCACCCAAAGAUUGUCAAGAAGCACACCAAGAAGUUCAAGCGUCACCACUCUGACCGUUACCACAGAGUUUCUGAGAACUGGAGAAAGCAAAAGGGUAUUGACUCUGUUGUUAGAAGAAGAUUCAGAGGUAACAUCUCUCAACCAAAAAUUGGUUACGGUUCUAACAACAAGACCAAGUUUUUGUCACCAUCUGGUCACAAGAUUUUCUUAGUCGCUAACGUUAAGGAUUUGGAAACCUUGACCAUGCACACCAAGACUUAUGCUGCUGAAAUUGCUCACAACAUCUCCGCUAAGAACAGAGUUGUCAUUUUGGCCAGAGCUAAGGCUCUAGGUGUCAAGGUCACCAACCCAAAGGGUCGUUUGGCUUUGGAAGCUUAA